AACUUAAAAAAGAAAGGUCGCAUCACUUUACAGGACCCUGAAGCCAAGUACCCUCUGCCCUUGAUUGAGAAGGAGCAAAUCAACCACAACACCCGAAGGUUCCGCUUUGGACUGCCCUCACCGGACCAUGUCUUAGGGCUCCCUGUAGGUAACUAUGUCCAUUUCUUGGCCCAAAUUAAUGAUCAAUGGGUAAUCAGGGCUUACACUCCUGUUUCUAGUGAUGAUGAUCAAGGCUUUGUGGACUUCAUUAUAAAGAUAUACUUCAAAAAUGUGCACCGGUAUCCUGAAGGGGGAAAGAUGACUCAGUACUUGGAGAACAUGGAAAUUGGGGACACCAUCCUUUUUCGAGGGCCCACAGGGCGCCUGUUCUACCAUGAGCCAGGUUCCCUUAUAGUCAAAGUAGACGAAAUGAGUGAGCCCGAAAACAGACUGUUUCAUCACCUGGGGAUGAUUGCUGGGGGAACAGGCAUUACUCCCAUGCUGCAGCUUAUUCGCCACAUCACAAAGAACACCAGUGAUGGGACCAGGAUGUCCCUUCUCUUUGCCAACCAGACUGAAGAGGAUAUCUUGUUGAGAAAGGAGCUGGAAGAAAUCGCUACAACUCACCUUGACCAGUUCAACGUGUGGUAUACCCUGGACAGGCCUCCUGUUGGAUGGAAGUACAGCUCUGGAUUUGUUACUGCUGACAUGAUCAAGAAGCACCUCCCCCCUGGGGAAGCCACACUCAUCCUGGUGUGUGGUCCACCACCUAUGAUCCAGGAGGCAGUUCACCCCAGCCUGGAGCAGCUUGGCUAUACCAAGGAUAUGAUUUUUACCUAUUAAUAUCUCCUCUGCUCCUUGGCGGGUCCCUCUCCUCUGUUUCAGAGUGAGUUUGCCUUCACAUUAUUCAACUACAGUAUUUUCUAAGUGCCUCUCCAUGUACACUUGGGUAUGGUGCUGUUCUCCUGGGUGUGGACCUAAGAAUUCAAAGGAUGGAAGACAAGGUAGUUUUUGAGCUUCCAGGCUUGGAGGCUGGGGAUGAUGCCUUUCUCCAUGGCUUAGUGUAAUAAACUGCACUGCUCUGCAUUUA